UAAGGGUCAUGCAGUAUAUUUUAUCGAUAGACCCGCUGUCGACUGCAGCCAACUUCACGCGUCUUGUUCUUUUUUCCGGUUGACUUUAACAAGAAAGAUGCCAGGUGUCACAGUGAAGGAUAUUGACCAGCAUGCCGUUACCAAGGCGGUUGCCGUCUUCCUCAAGAAGACUGGCAAAUUGAAGGUGCCCGACCAGAUGGACAUCAUCAAGACGGCCAAGUUCAAGGAGCUGGCCCCUUACGAUCCCGACUGGUUCUAUGUGCGUUGCGCCUCUAUUCUGCGUCAUCUGUAUCACCGCAGUCCCGCUGGUGUUGGCUCCAUCACCAAGAUCUAUGGUGGUCGCAAGCGCAAUGGUGUCCACCCCUCGCAUUUCUGCCGCGCCGCUGACGGUGCUGCCCGCAAGGCUCUCCAGGCCCUCGAGCACGCCCGCCUGGUCGAGAAGCACCCAGAGGGUGGCCGCAAGCUCAGCUCCAUCGGACAGCGUGAUUUGGAUCGCAUUGCAAACCAGAUUGUGGCCAAGCAGCGUGAUGCCGCCAAGCAAACGGGUCCCCUUGUCAUUUCCAAGUAAACUCGGACCGCUGGAUCGCCCAUCUAAGCGAAGUCUAAAACCUUUUUAAGCUUAUAAUUUAAGCGUUUCUCGUUUGAGGCGCGUUCUCAGAAAUGGGAGGAUUAAAAUGAAACCAUAACAAGCGAUAAUACGA